AAAUUAAAAUAACAAAAGGAGAACUGGAAUGUUUUGGAAGAGGAGGAGGAGAAGUCUGCAGGAGAUCUGGAGCAGAUGACCAGAGACGGUCUGGAGGGUUUGGAGGACGUUUCGGAAAGGUCUGGAGGCAGGAGGAGGUCCCGGUUUUAACAGCGGAGGCAGGACUUUCUGGCUCUGUGGUGCGCUCCGACACCAGAGGUCCGCUUUAAUACCAGAGGAGGAGGAGGAGGCCGGUUGACUCUCUUACACUGCUCAGAGAGAGAGAGAGAAAGACUGCAAUCCACUCCUCCGUCCCGGACAGUCUGCAUCGAGCAUCCAUGUGCCAAACGGACUCUUGAUUUCAGAGCGCUGAUUGACACCAGUCUACUCCUUGAAAAACUUUACUGAUUUAUCGGCACGGAGUCAGAAAGGCAGUUUUGAACCCCUGCAGCUAUUAUAAAUCACCUGUGUUUGUUUCUCUGAGGUAAAAUCACCUCGGACACUUUGAUUUGGACUCUUCUGACUGCCGGAGUGGAGCGAAAUCCAUUUUCAAACCUCGAAAACAUCCGCUGCUCCUCUCAGGAUUUUCGCAUCUGCACGAUUUGGGACUGAUUUUUAUCUUUAAAUGUUUUCAAGUAAGCUCCGCACUCCUGUUUUCCGCACAUGUCCUGAGCAGCCCCACUGUCUCCUGCCUGUCGGCGCGUCUUUGUCAUUUUAAUGUCGGUAUAAUCCCCGCGCGCCUGGUUGAUUGUCGCUUUCAGCGCAAACUGACAAACUGAUGAGUUUUGCUCUCCUGGCUGGAAUAAAGAAGUCUGCGGGACGUGGAUCUGUUUCAUUUUAUCUUGUUAUACUUUGGAGUGAUUUCAUUUAUUUAUUUGUACGUUUUCUCCUGGAGAAAACCCGAGGAUGUUGCUCCGCUGCUCGAAUCCUCCCUCUUGGUCCACCUGUAGGUUUUUCUUCAGCUUUUUGUUGCUGCUCCAAUCGCCCCGGUCCUCCUCUCCGCUAAUUACAGGUACUGAGGCAAGCUGUGACAACGAAGGAGAAGUCCUCCACAUCCCCAACAUCACCGACAACCCCUGCAUCACCUGCGUAUGUCUGGAGGGCAAGGCAGACUGUAAACAGGAAAAAUGUCCACUGGUUUCUGAGGACUGUGCUCUGGUGGUGAAACAGACUGGAGCGUGCUGUGAGAGGUGCAAAGGUUGCAUGUUGGAUGGACGAUCUUAUAACAGCUCAGUUUCCUGGACCAGCUCCACCAAACCCUGCAUAACCAGACGCUGUCAGGAAGGUGUCAUCACUGAGGCAGAGGCACGGUGUGUCGUUCACUGCAAGAACCCCAAAAUCCACCCCAAGAAGUGCUGUCCCACCUGCCCCAGUUGUAUCUUUGAGGGUCGCCUGUACAAAGAGAAGGAUGAGUUCAGUCCGGAGGGCAAACCCUGCAUCAAGUGCACCUGCACUGGAGGGCGGACUCUCUGCAUGAGGGAGGUGUGUCCUGUCCUUUCCUGCCCUGCCCACCUCAGCCACACCCCGCCUGGACAGUGCUGUCCCAGAUGUCUCGGUCAGAGGAAGGUGUUUGAUCUGUCUUUAGGAAGCUGUCUGUUCCACAGCGAAGUUUACGAGAAUGGCACUUGCUUUAUGCACGACAACUGCACCGCCUGCACCUGCAAGGAUUCCACCGUGGUGUGCAAGAGGCAGUGCUCUCGGCCGGGGAGCUGCCACGGCGAUCAGUGCUGCGAGGAAUGUCUGUCCUAUGUGAAGGUGGAGGAAGUGAAGUACUGCAGAGUCCGGAACAAGAUCUACAGGGAAGGGGACAUGUGGUCGUCAGUUAACUGCACUCUCUGUGCGUGUGUUAAAGGAAGCGUCGAAUGUCGGCCCAAGCAGUGUGUACCAAUCACAAGCUGCCCCUCGAAUAAGAUCUUGAACAGGACCGGCUGCUGUCCAGUUUGCACUGAAAAGCCAGGUGUAUGUACAGUCUUUGGCGACCCUCACUACAACACCUUCGACGGCAGGACCUUUAACUUUCAGGGAACCUGUCAGUACGUACUGACUCGUGAUUGUGGCGGCACCCCCUCUGGAGGACCAGGAAAUAACGUAAACAUCAACAUCCCAGACUCCAGCUUCAUGGUGUUGGUGAAAAACGAUGCCCGGCGGACUCGUUCCUUCUCCUGGACGCAGUCUGUUGAGAUUAGGCUGGGAGGUUUGAUCCUCAGCCUCCACCAGCACCUAACAGUCCGGAGGAAUGGCACCCGCAUCGCGCUGCCCUACCACGGCCCCGGGGUGCAUAUCGACCUGGACGGAUACCUGCUCAAACUCACCACCAUCGCAGGUCUGGAGAUCACGUGGGACGGUGACAGUUUCGUGGAGGUUGUGGCUGCUCCCCACCUGCGUGGACGCCUCUGUGGUCUUUGCGGCAACUACAACGGCCACAAGCGUGACGACACCAUGGGAGGUGACGGGCAGUACAAGUUUGAUGUGGACGAGUUUGCAGAGUCGUGGCGGGUCGAGGGAAAUGAAGUUUGCACUCAGCAGCCUCCUCCUCGCCGGCCGACAUCCAUCCUGUGCCCUGGCAGUGUCAAAGUCAAGUUCCGCGCCCACAGGGAGUGCCAGAAGAUAAAAUCAUGGGAGUUUCAGAAGUGCCACCGUGUGGUUGACUUCGCCCCUUUCUACAGGUCGUGUGUGACGGACAUGUGUGAGUGUCCAGUCCAUAAAAACUGCUACUGUGAGUCCUUCAUCGCCUACAGCCGAGCCUGCGAGAGGGAAGGAGUGCCCGUCCUCUGGAGGCCCGACACCGCCUGUAUGGCCACUCAGUGUAAACACGGCGCUGUGUACGACACAUGCGGACCGGGCUGCACCAAAAGCUGCGACAACUGGAACGAGAUCGGACCGUGCACUAAACCCUGUGUGGCCGGCUGCCACUGCCCCGCCAACCUGGUGCUGUUCCAGGGACGCUGCAUCAAACCCAUAGCCUGCCCGGGACGGUGACCCUUGUGACCCAGGUGGGAUGGGGAGGGGUUAGGUUAGGGAUGGUCAUUUAUAGGAUCACAAUUAGAGGGCCAAACAAAACGAGAAGAGUUUGGGAGGACACAAAGGACACAAGUCGACAGAUCAGAUGCGACAAGGUACUCAGGGUCCAUAUCUUCGCAAGGUAGCGUUGCAGUGACUUAUACGUUAGAGAUACAAGCAGUGGUGACGGACUGAAGGGAAACUUAAUGGAUGGGAGGCUGAUCCCCGCCUCCACAUUCAACUUCUGACUUCCUUGUGCCUCUUGUAAUGCAAUCACAAUACCAGUCACCACCGCAGGAGGCGCCAGUUUCAGUUUUGUAGAAGAAGAACUAAACUGAACUGAAAGAAAAAACUCAGGGGCCCUCAUUAGAGAUUUUGCAGGCUCCACCAUCUGAGGAGCGUUUGUCCGUGCUGCCGUGGACCUUCAGGAAACAGUUUGGCCCAGUGGACUCCUGUUUGAGCCAACAAGGCGCCGAGAUUUCUCUCACAAACACUCUGAAGUGGGAAACUGAGCAUCUGCUUUUGGAAUAAGGAGAUUGAAAGCAGAAAAACUCUCUGAUGCUUCAUAUCAAACUGCCCUCGAAGUCUCUAUUCCAUCAUUUCAUACUGUAAGCUAGCCAGAUUUAUAUGAAAGACAGACAGCUUUUAUAUUAUUAUUGUUCUAAUUAUUAUUAUUAUUAUUAUUUGUUGUUGAUGUUGUUAAUUUAUAUAUCGGUCAAAUGACAUGUCGUAGCAAGAGCCAGAAUCAUGUAUAUAAUUGCGUUAUAAAUGAUUUAAAGGGAAACAAAAGCUAUUUAUGUAUUUGUUGUGUACUUUUGUGUUAAUGUUUGAAGAGAAAUGCCCAAAUGUGACUCAGUUGUUGCACCAUCGCAGGGAAAAAGUACUGUAUUGUGUUAUGCUCCAUGUACAGGUUGUUGUGGUUCGUAUCAAACUGAAGGUGUUCAUCUAAGCAAAUGUUUCACUUGACGAUAAUUAUUUAAGACCAGCAAUAUAAUCUUUUACCGAAGUUCAUUUCUGACUGCUGUCUUUACUUUCUAAAGUAUUAAACCCUUUAAAUAUUGUGGGAAAUGAAAGCCUGGCCCGAAGGUUGCUGGUUCAAAUCCCCAAAAGAAAUGCAGACAUCUGGAGUAGGAAAACUGAAGGAAUUCUUGUAUGUUUUAGCGAAGCACUUGUCCUUUAAUUGGUGAUGAUUUCAGAGAUAGAAAAAAAGAUACAAGAAAAUGCUCAUUAUCAAAAGUAAGAUAUAUUUCGGACCUUUCUCAAGCUUCUUUUUUGUGAAAUAGAGUUUUUAGCCUUUUUACUUUUUUACCUGUCUGCUAAAAAAUAUUAAAUAAUCCGAGAGAGCGAAAAUCACUCGCACCCAAUAAACAUGCACGCCCUGCUAAGCAGUUACAAUGUAGCUUCAUAUUAGAUGUUAAAAGCAAAAAAGUUCCAGGGACCAGAGGUUUUUCUUUCUGCAGCUAAAGAUGAAAAACAUUGUAAAGUUGGAUUCAAGAUGAUUCUUUGCCAUUUUGCAUUUACUUUCAUUUACUUGGUGAUAUACAGCAGUUGGACAGCCCAUGUUGUCUCUUUACUGGUUGGGAUACCAUAGCAGUGCAUUUGCUGUCUGUAUGAUCGAGAGUGAUGAGGAUGUUUGCUACUGUGAAAAGGAGAAGACCAAGUCUUUCAUCAACUUGCUUAAUGUUAUCUUCACUAGGGCUGGGCAAUAUGGCCAAAAAUGUCGAUAAUUAUCACAGUAUAUGUCAAACCUUAAUUUUCCUUUCAAGUUUAAAGGCUGAUUUUUGCUACCGAGAGAAAAUUGAAGAAACCAGAUGGUUAAUUGUGUGGAUAAACUAUUCUUUAUAGCCAGAACGUGACAAACACUUGAUGCCAAACUGGAUCACUUAACAAAUCUGAGGUAGAACAUUCAAAACAACAUUCAACAAAUACGCAUGAGUAAAAAUAAGUAAAAUCUUUUUUCAGUCCUUUUCCCUUAAAAAAAAAUCGAAAUAUUAAGUACAAAUUUGUUCGUGGUUUAAAUAAAUUAAAACAAACAUUUAUUUUGGGGGGGGGUUAUAUUCCGAUAAUUAUCAUUAUUGUUUUAUUGCCCAGCUCUAAUGUCAACAAUCUAUAUCAGCAUUAGAAACUUGUAGGAGUAAAACAGUUUGCAGCCCUAUGUCGUAUCAAUAAUGACAUACAGUUUCAAUUUUGAGGAGAAGCAUGUUGAUAAACGAUGCUAUGGCGUCUACAAGCAUAGCCCCCUUUAGCAAUCUGAUUCACCAACACUCAAUGAAAACCCAAGACCAAAUUCUAACAAUGAUGAGGGAAAACAUUCUUUUAAAUACAUUUGCACACUUUUAAUACACUUCAAAUUUGUACAAACACAUUUCACAUAAACAUAGCACUAAAACAGGAGAAUUAAAGCACCAAACUCCAUCCGACAACACAAGACAACACACAUACACUUCAAAUGUUUGAGGUGUCUUACAGACUUCAGAGGGAACACAUAGAGGAAAUGUGACUUUAGUGCCCACCUGCCUCAGGGGCUGCUUCAUUUAACAAUUCGGCAUCCACUUUGACUACAACUACAGUGGAUGUUAAAAACUGAGUAGGACAACAACUGAUGGGCUGUGUGGGGUUGACAAAUUGUCCACAGUCAUGCAUCUAGAUGAUGGUUCAUUUCCACAGUAAACUGGUACUUUGUGUUACAAAGCAGGAUACUUAAAACGGUUUUUGGUUUUGAGAACUGUGUGGUAGGUCAUCAACUGUUUACAGGCAUCUUAUAGCUCAUAUAAACAACAUUUACACCUUGUAUGACAGCAGAUCAUUUUAGCAAUAUGACAAUGUUCUCCAAAGUGAAUUUGACAUGUGAUAGAAGGGUUUCAUUUCAAAAUGCUAUAAAACCAUUUGGGUUUUAAAAAUGUACUAUGUUCAUAAGUACAUAUUUAAAAGUGUAGAUGGCAUUCUCUAAACUUUGCAAUGAAAAAUUUUAUCGGCCAAAAACACACCAAUGAAUGAUGCAGGUUGUUCGAUACAGAUAUUUUUGGAUUUAAACGGCUAAUGACGGAUAUUUUGCCCAAUAAGAUUGAAAGUGUGGGGCUAUUUUCGAACACAGGUGUUUUCAUUCAAUGUGGGUGUUGAAGUUUGUCCUUAAUAGGUGCAACAGAAGAGUGAGGCAGAUGUCAAUCAAGCACGAUAAUCAAUAAAUUAUUAUUGAAUUAAAAUGACAACAUGUCAA